UCCUCUUUUUUCUCCUCCAUCUCCUCCUCCUCUUCUUUCACCUCCUCUCUUGGCGCAAUAGCUGCUGCCUGUUGCUUUGUCCUGGACAGAAACAUUGGAUGAAAGCAAUGGGGACCUUUCCAUGGACUUUGCAACACUUAAGGUUCCUGGACUGAACAUGGAAAAGCAAGCAACUUGAGAAGCCUUCCCAGGAAAUCCAAAAAACUCACUAUGGAGAAUGCCACCCUCUUCCUUCUGUCCUUGAACUCUAGCGACAACUCCUCUGACGUGGACUGCGGCAAGGAAGACCAUCCCUAUAAAUGUAAGUUUGACGAGGACUUCAAGUACAUCCUCCUGCCCGUCUCCUACAGCAUCGUCUUCGUGGUGGGCCUCUGCCUCAACCUCCUGGCCCUCUACAUCUUCAUCUUCCGCAUCAAGACCUGGAAUGCCUCCACCACUUACAUGUUCCACCUGGCUGUCUCCGACACCCUCUACGUGGUUUCGCUGCCACUCCUGGUCUACUACUACGCCAUGGAGGACAACUGGCCCUUCAGCGUGGGCUUGUGUAAGAUCGUGCGCUUCCUCUUCUACACCAACCUCUACUGCAGCAUCCUCUUCCUCCUCUGCAUCAGCGGCCACCGCUUCAUGGGCAUCUGCCUCCCACUGAAGUCCUUAGACUGGGGCCAGGUCCGUUACGCCCGCUGGAUAUCCGGCAUCGUUUGGUUGGUGGUCAUCGCCUGCCAGUCUCCGGUGCUCUUCUUCGUCACCACCAGCCAGCGGUGUGACAAAAUCACUUGCCACGACACCUCGGCCCAAGAGCUCUUUGGCCAGUUUAUCAUCUACAGCUCGAUCAUGUUGGUCGUUCUCUUCUGCAUCCCCUUUCUGCUCAUCAUCAUCUGCUACUGCUUGAUGGCCCGCCGGCUUCUUCAGCCCACCCGAGGCAUGACCCGCAUGUCCAGCUCCAAGAAGAAGUCGGUCAAGAUGAUCAUCAUCGUCUUGUUGGUCUUCAUCGUGUGCUUCUUGCCCUUCCACGUCACCCGCACCUUGUACUACUCCUUCCGCAACUGGGACUUGAGUUGCCCCACUCUCAACGCCAUUAACUUGGCGUACAAAGUCACCCGGCCCUUGGCCAGUACCAACAGUUGCCUGGACCCUAUCUUGUACUUUUUGGCAGGGCAAAAAUUUGUGAAAUUCGCCUGCCCGCAAGCGCCGGCCAAGGACUCCAACCAAACUGACUCCAACAAUACGUCCAAUUGCCACACGCGGCGGACAAGAGACAAUUUAGCCAUGAAAGCCAAGACUGUGGCGUUUUAGUCGGUGACAUUUCAGACUUCCGCCGCUCUGUAAAGUAUUACCAAGUUACCUAAAGAGGUUGGAGUCCUGUCCUGAAAGAAGGAUCCGGCCGCCGAGACAAUGGGAAUAGAUUUCCUGCCCAUAUCAGCAGGAAGCGGUAAAAAAUGUAUAUGUGUGAACGUGAAGGAUGGAAAGAAGAUUCACUGCUAAUCAUUUCCUACCCCGCAAAAAUGGGAUUCUCAGCAUUUGAGAAAUGGAGUCAGGAAGACUAAUAUAGAAGUGUGAAUUCUGUAGUUUUCUCCCAGUAUUUGCCCAUUCUGAUAAUUUGAGGAAAUAACUCUACAUAGUAAUAUCCAAGGCUGGAUAUACAGGGCCAUAUAAUGCAAUUUCAAACUGUAUUAAAUGGUUGGUGUAGGCCAUAUAUCAGGCAUGGGCAAACUUCAGCUCUCCAGAUAUUUUGGACUGGCUGUUAGGAAUUAUGGGAGUUGAAGUCCAAAACACCUGGAGGGCUUUUUUUUGUCAUGUCAGGAGUGACUUGAGAAACUGCAAGUCGCUUCUGGUGUGAGAGAAUUGGCCGUCUACAAGGACGUUGCCCAGAGGACGCCCGGAUGAUUUGAUGUUUUUAUCAUCCUUGUGGGAGGCUUCUCUCAUGUSUCCRUAUGAGGAGCUGGAGCUGAUAGAGGAACCUCUUGGAACCUCUAGGUCCUCCARCAUGACUCUAGGUCAGYUUCUGCA